AUGCCAACGGCACAAGCAGUUGCGGGAGGGAAGAAUCGGGCAGCCACACCGAGUCACUCGGAUGUGGUCCAAGCCGGCCAAGCGGGACGGGCUAAAAAGCCAUUACCGCAACUUGGUCAGCCUGGGGCCCGGGAUGACCCUAACGGCAAAGGGCUGAGCGGAGCCAGAACGAAGUGGUAUCUUCGUUACCUUCAGCAGGGCAAGUCACCCGCAGAAGCUUUGUCUCUGGCCAAGACACCGCAGCCGUUAGAGCAACGGCCCAACUCUGCUUCGAAGCGGGCAAACUCCACCCUGACGCCUCCGACGGAUAUGCUUAAGAGGCAGAAGGUGGAGAAGAACUGGCCACUGACUGCUCCCUUCGAUGGCCCAAGUACCUCAAGGGCUGCAAAGGCACCUGAAGUACGCAAGCCAUCAUAUGCGGCCGUAACUGGGGCCAUUAAGGUUGCGGUCGUACCAGAGGGGUACCCCAAAGUCAUCCUCAGCAGUGAGAACCUCUCACAGCUCGAGGACGCACUACUGGAGGAAACAGUCCUCUCCGGUUGGGAUUCUCCAAUUAAGCUUGGAGGAAUCCACUUCAGGGUGGGUCACCGGAUAGUGGACUGCCGCAAUGCAACCACUGCUGAGUGGCUGCAAUCAGCAGUCCCCAACCUCAGUAAGUGGAGCGGUGUCUCCCUGGAGGUAAAGAUGGGCGACGACUUGCCAUCGUCACACAACAUCACCAUCUUCUGCCCCAGGACAGGAGACAAAACGACAAAGUGGAUUAUGGAUUUGAUAAAGAAACAGAAUGACACUAAGAACUGGCGUCUCAUAUAA